AUGAGCAACGAAGAAAGAGGUGUAGGAAGAGUCCCAAGAAGGGGCGUAGGAAGAGGAUCGAGAGGUAGAGGUCGUGCUCGAGCUAGAGCUGUAGAGGACCUCGGAGUGGGUGCUGUAGCGAUAGAAAACCCUGGAAUUAAUGCUGGAGCUGCAGUGGACCCCAGAGUUGAUGUUAGGCCUGCAGAGAAUCCUAGAAUGGAAGCGGUCAUGAGGACCCUAGAGCAGAUUGGUGACCCUGAGGCUGCACCUCGAUGGGUAGAGGAAUUUGAGAAAGCUUUUGAAGUAUUAGAGUGCACUGAUAAUGAGAAAGUAACCCUAGCAGUAUACCAGUUGCAGGAUAACGCGAAUGAUUGGUGGAAGGCCACCAGAGAUAGAAUAUUUUCGGAAGGUACUGCCCGGACUUGGACUGCUUUUACUAAAAGUUUUUAUGAGAAGUAUUACUCGGCUAGCGCCAGGGAAAGGAAGUUAGCCGAAUUUAUGAAACUCCGCCAAGGCCUGAUGACGGUAGAUCAAUACGAGGCAAAAUUUGCGAGAUUGUCUAAGUUUGCGCCGAGAAUGGUAGAACAUCCCGAUGAUAGGCGCGAAGAUUUCGGGACGGAUUGA